UCUUAUCUCAUAUGCAAGAAAAACACGAAGAAAGUAAUAAAUCUCCCCUUAGCAAAUCUACCUCUUAGGCUCUUAUAUUUCUAGCAUAAUUGAUUACAAAAUGAAUAACCUUAUAGUUUUCUUCACUUUUUCUCUCUUGGUGUCUCUCUCUCAUGCAAUAGAAGUUGAUUUUUGUGUAGCAGAUCGUAGUCUCCCAAGAGGACCAGAAGGGUAUGCUUGUAGAGACCCUGCUACUCUAACUACAGAUGAUUUUGUUUAUACUGGUUUCCGUGGUGGUAGAACGAUCACAAAUGUACCCGGAAACAACGUAACUCUAGCAUUUGUUGAUCAAUUCCCAGCUUUGAAUGGUCUAGGUAUUUCCAUGGCAAGGUUAGACUUUGGUGUCGGUGGAGUAAUACCUGUACACUCACACCGAACAUCAGAAGUUCUAAUUGUAUCAAGGGGAUCAAUAAUUGCGGGAUUUAUUGACACAAACAACACUGCAUACUACAGAAGACUUGAGGUUGGAGAUGUUAUGAUUUUCCCACAGGCCAUGCUUCAUUUCCAGGUUAAUGUUGGUACCACCCAAGCUACCGCAUUUGUUAGUUUGAAUGGUGCAAACCCAGCUAUUCAAUUCACAAUGAACUCCUUAUUUGGCGGUAACUUACCUGCUGAGAUAGCUCAACAGAUCACUCUUCUAAGUAAUGCAGAGGUGAUGAGGAUGAAGAGGGCAUUUGGCACUGCUUAAAAUUCUAUUCAAGUUAUUCUUUAUUGGUUACCAAAUCAACCACUUAAUCGUUGACAUAUGUUUCUUGUUUCAAUUCUUUCAUAGUUAUCACUUUGAAUGUAUAAAGUUUACUUUAUAGUAUGUUCAUUCACCAAUAAAUAAAUUCAUUCAUUCUAAAGCAAUGUAUACCGCAUAAAAGACACAUUUGUUGUACCACAUAA